GAUACGCGACCAAUAUCAAGCACAGUAUACAGUAAAUUUUAUAAAAUUUAACAAUUAAAAAUUAUAACGUUUUGUUUCUAAAUCAUUUAUAAUAUUAAUAUCAUCAUAAUUAAGAUUUUGAGAAUUCCUACUUCCUCUGUAACGCCAUUUUCUCUAAGGAAGCCUAUAUACUUUAUGCUGUGCAUCAAAUGCGCGCAUCACUGCGUUUCGUUUAUAUUUAAGUAUUAUAACAGUUUCUGUGCAACAAAAGUAAAUAUUGCAAGGUGUUCGAAUUCUACAGGAGGAAAAACAAUUUUUCUCCUAGAAGCAUCAUGAUGACGUAAUUAUCUAUUUAAAAGAAUCGUAAAAUGACAAUGAUGUUUUGCUGUUUAAGAAACUGUUUUGACGGCCUCGGCUUUGCCGCAACACAAAUGCCGAAGAAAGAACCAAAUCCUAUAGCUUUAGACACAUCUUUCAUGGGACAUGAAGUUGUGAUAGUAAAAAACGGUCUAAGAGUAUGUGGUCGUGGUGGUGCCUUAACAAAUGCUCCUCUUGCCCAAAGUAAAAGUUAUUUUGAAGUUAAAAUACAACAAGGUGGUAUAUGGGCAAUUGGAUUAGCCACAAGAUCCACAGAUCUCAAUGUUGCUAUUGGGGGAAAUGAUACAGAAAGUUGGGCACUUAAUUCCGAUGGUAUUAUAAGGCAUAAUCAACAAGAAAUACAUAAAAUACAAAAUCAAGUUCAAGAAGGAGACAUUAUUGGUGUAUCUUAUGACCACAUAGAACUUAAUUUCUAUUUAAAUGGAAAAUCAAUGGAUGCCCCUAUAAUGGGCAUAAAAGGGACUGUGUAUCCAGUACUUUAUGUGGACGAUGGGGCCAUUUUAGACUUAAUUUUGGAUAAUUUUGCUCAUCCUCCACCUACAGGUUUUGAAAAGAUAAUGCUAGAGCAAUCAUUGCUUUAGCAAAAAAGUACUAAUACAUUAAUGUCAUACUCUUUGGAAGUUGACAUUAUCAAAGUAUUUUAUGUAUAUCCAUCUUGUAUUUGUCUAACAUUAAAGUACAGAAUCAAAAAUUAUUCUUAUUUGAAAAAGAUCUUAAAACGUAAUUUUAUGGAUAAACAAUAUUUCUCUUAAAAAUAAUGUACAAAUAUAUUUAAUUAGCAAGUGCAAAAUAAACAUUUUAAUUUAUA